AAAGGGGAAAAUAUAUACCUUUUCGUUCUCCCGAUUUGAUGGCAUCGGUGUCGCUGUAUGUGCGUUGCUCCCUGCUGCUGGCGCUGGUGCUGCUGCUAGUGUUUCCCAUUCGCGAGUCGGCGGCCGCCAGGGAGGAUGACGAUGAUGAGGACAUUGACGAAGAGGAGGACGAUGACGACGUCAGAGGUGAGGGAGCAGACGCGCGGAAGCAAAGAUCUGCAGUGAGAAAAGGCAUUCCGUGUUUUGUUGGCAGCUGCCCGUCGGCGGCGUGAGGCAGCCAAGGCUCGUAUGGAGCAGAUGCAGCAGAUGCCCAAGUUCGACCCCAAAAACUUCAACCCGCAGGCCAUCUUCGAUGCGCAGAGAAACAAACCACAGAUGACAUUCGCCACACUCAAAUUCGAAUACGUAAGCAGACAAUGCUGCAGAGACAGACACACCAUGACACACGCAGAAAGAGGGAUCUCUGACCACUGCAGACGUCUGUGUGUCCUCUGCCUGUGCCUGUGUGUGUGUGCAGGAGGAGAAGGAGAAGCAGGAGACGGAGAAGAUAGCUGUGCGAUGGCGGAGCAUGCUCGAGAUGGGCCACAUCCAGGUCCAGGCCUAUGCCGUCGACCCCGGCAAGAUCCUCCUGAUGACUCAAAACGCCGACCAGGCCGACAAGGUCAGGGAGUUCGCACUCGCACAACGAGAGACCGACUGGUUUGAGAUCAACCGAAAGAGAUUCUUCCCGGGUCGGCAGCAGCACGGAUAGAUGAGAUGAUGAGCAAGAAAGCAAUUGUGGCAUUCAUCGUGCACUGUGACUGUGGCGUGUGUCAGAUGAUCGCGACGGGCCUUUAGUUGACUAUGACGUGAGGAGGAAGGCGCGGGAUGCCAGGAAGGCCAAGAAGGAGGGCAAAACUGAACUGUAGUUCUGGCGGCGGCACCAUUGACAGCGCUUUGCUGAUGGCUGGUGAGGAAGCGAGUGGUGACUGACGCAAUAAUUAAGUGCAGCCUCAUGAAUUAGGAGGGAGGGGUUUCACCCACUCGGUGCCGACCGACGUUUAUCGUGGCGGCAGCAGCUGGCGCCGUGCGCCCGUGUGUUCGAGACUGAUGAAAGCGAGCAUGGUGCGUUUGUCAUUUGGUUUCCGUUGCCUUUAUGUCAAUGACCACUAAACACGUCAAGUCCCAACCCCC